UUAAUUAAAAGGUUACUUAUAUUCAUUUCAUUUCAGAUUAUUAAUUCACAUUUCAAUAAAGAAUUACCCUAUAGUAGAGUUUUAUAUAAGAAUAGUGAAAGCAAAAUCCUUAACUUUACUUCUUUCUUCAAUUCCUAACCAGUGUCACUAGUUUGCUCAUUUGAUCAAACCAAAAACAAAAUGCAUACAAAAACAGAUUCGGAGGUUACAAGCCUAGCUCCAUCUUCUCCAGACCACAACCAUCGACCAGUCUACUACGUACAGAGCCCAUCGCGCGACUCUCACGAUGGUCAGAACACAACGACGUCGUUCCACUCCACCCCUAUCCUUAGCCCUAUGGGGUCCCCACCCCACUCGGUGGGCCACCACUCUCGUGAGUCCUCCUCCAGCCGGUUCUCCGGCUCCCGGAAGAUCAACCCCAACGAUGCCGGUAAGCAGCAAAUGAGGAAAGGGCAAAAGAAAUGUGAUGUCAUUGAAGAAGAAGGGCUUCUUGAUGAUGAGGCCCAUGGUAAACCUCUGCCACGUAGAUGUUAUUUCGUUAUCUUUAUCAUUGGUUUCUUUAUUCUCUUCUCCUUCUUUGCACUCAUUCUUUGGGGUGCUAGUCGUCCUCAGAAGCCCAAAAUCACCAUGCGGAGCAUCAAAUUUGACAGAUUCGGUAUACAAGCUGGUUCUGACGGUACAGGAGUAGCCACUGACAUGAUCUCCAUGAAUGCUACCGUGAAAUUCCUUUAUCGUAACACUGGAACAUUCUUCGGUGUACAUGUUACAUCAUCACCCAUUGAUCUCUCCUAUUCAGAACUCACUCUUGGAUCAGGAACAGUGAAGAAAUUCUACCAAUCAAGAAAGAGUCAAAGAGUUGUAUCCGUAUCACUCAUAGGGAAUAAGAUUCCUUUGUAUGGAAGUGGAGCAAGUUUGAGCACCCCAACUGGGACGACAAGCCUGCCUGUGACACUUAAAUUGAACUUCAUGCUAAAAUCAAGAGCUUAUGUUUUGGGUAAAUUGGUGAAGCCUAAGUUUUACAAGACCAUUGAUUGUUCAAUUAAUUUUGAUCCCAAGAAGCUUAAUGCUGCCAUCAAAUUAAAGAAUUGUACAUAUACUUGAUUAAGCAGUUGGUAAAGUUCUGAGCUUUCCAGUUUUAUUGUCAAUGAAGAAGAGUAGAUGGGUAGUGAGUGGGAGUCUCCGGACAACGUCUAAUAGGGUGGAAAAUGAAGAGUACAGGCUGAAAUUGAUAUGGCUUUGCUUGAAUUGUUCAGCCAAUUUUUUUAUAGGAAUUGAAAAGAGGGAUUAUUUGAUAUGUUAAUUUAUCCUGUGUAAUAUUAUGUCUCACACAGUAGAUUGAAUUGUUUAUUUGUUUGAAGAAUUGCAGCAUUAUUAAAUUAAUACCGUAAUGUUAGUGGUUU